GCGUGAUAACGGCGCGGACGCCGAUCGACUUCGAGUUGAUGGACCCGAACACGCAGGGAGCGACGUCGCCGUGGUACCGCAGCUUCUCGCUCGUCGCCAUGGCGAUCGACCACGGCGUGCCGCCGCUCAACUCCACCGUUCCCGUGACGAUAUACGUCGAGGACGUCAACGACAACUCUCCCAUCUUCAAUCCGGACGCGUACGAGGUCGUCGUCGACGAGACGGUUGCCGCGGGGACGCACAUCACGCGCGUCUCGGCGACGGACGCCGACCCGACCCCUUACAACGGCGCUGUCUCGUACCGUCUCGACGGCGUCGGCAUCGACAAGUUCGCGAUCGACGCGGUGAGCGGAGAGGUGACGGUGGCGCCCAACGCCAAGCUGGACCUGAUGCUGACGG